GGAGAGAGAGAGACGGGGAGACAUUCUGGACAACAGCGUCUCCCAAUAACUGAGCACCUAAUAUGUCCAGAUGAUAUUUAAAUGCUUAACAGGGAUUUUCCCUGAAUCUCACAAACACUGGAUUAAGUGUAGUGCUAUUUUUAUCCUCAUUUUCCAAAUGAGGAAACUGAAGUUCAGAGAGGGAAAGCGAUUUGUUCAAUGCCACACAGCCAGGACUCCUACUUCGUGUCUGACUACGACCCCACCAUUGAAGACUCCUACACGAAGAUCUGCACCGUGGAUGGCGUCCCGGCCCGGCUGGACAUCCUGGACACUGCGGGCCAGGAGGAGUUCGGUGCCAUGCGGGAACAGUACAUGCGUGCCGGCCACGGCUUCCUGCUGGUGUUUGCCAUUAACGACCGGCAGAGUUUUAACGAGGUAGGCAAGCUCUUCACGCAGAUCCUCCGAGUCAAGGACCGCGACGACUUCCCCAUCGUGUUGGUCGGAAACAAGGCAGAUCUGGAGACACAGCGCCAGGUCCCCCGAUCUGAAGCCUCUGCCUUCAGCGCCUCCCACCACAUGGCCUACUUCGAGGCCUCGGCCAAACUGCGCCUCAACGUGGACGAAGCCUUCGAGCAGCUGGUGCGGGCCGUCCGGAAGUACCAAGAACAAGAGCUCCCACCCAGCCCGCCCAGUGCCCCCAGGAAGAAGGACAGGGGCUGCCCCUGCGUCCUCCUGUAGCCUGGGCGUGAGAGGAGCAACCAACACGAGCUCUCGGGACCAGCUGCCUUCGCCGAGCCUCAGUUUCCCCAUCUGGGUCUCCCAGGAUACACUACACCCCCUCCCGUAAUUCCUGGCCUCCUCCGGGCCACUGCCACUGUGUGCCUUCUGCCAACGCCUCCUUCCCCCACCCGAGCCCCUGGUGGGGGUGAGGGGCUCCCGGGCAUCCGGGUCACUGCUGUAUAUAACUCCCCUCCCCAGAGAAAUAAACGUCACUGCCAAAGUCAAAAGGUGCUUUUUAAA